GGUGUCGAGCGCCGCGAGGCACCGUGCAGUGGGUACCUGAGCACGCCUCCUGCCCCCUCGCAUCUCAGCUCUCGGGACCCUCCGCGGCGUCCCGGGGCCCCCUGCCCGCGCGCGCGCCGGGAGCGCGGGGCCCCCGCUGUACGGCGGAGCCUCGGUCAAGAUGGCCGCGCCCUCCCGCGAUACCCAGGGGCGCCGCCAUCGCAGGCGCCGGGCUCGCUAAGGCCGCGCUUCAAGCAGCCGCCAUGUCGGCCUCCGCCUGCGACCCGAUCCUCACAAAGCAGGAGAGCGUGGGCCGGAGGAGGGGUGCGGGAACGGCCGAAGAGGCCGGGUGUGCCGCGGAGAUGGCCGUGUCGGAGCCGGGGGGCAGCGCCGCGGGAUCAGUAACAUUCAAAGAUGUGACUAUGGCUUUUACCCAGAAGGAAUGGGAACAACUAGAUCCUGCCCAGAGGAACCUGUAUAAGGAUGUGAUGCUGGAGAACUACAGCAACCUUGCCUCAAUGGGUUAUCAAGCUCCCAAACCAGACAUGAUCUCCAAGUUGGAAAAAGGAGAAGAGCCAUGGUUGGGGAAGGGCAAAAAACCUAGACAAGGUGGUCCCAGUGAAAUAGCAAGACCCAAGCAAAUAGGAACCAAUGGAAAAGAAGUCCAGCAAGAUAACGACCAGCUAGUGAAUCACCAGGAAUCUCAAAACAAACUCCUUAGGGAAGUUGCAUUCAAGGAAAAAAGUCUGACUAAGAAGAAAGGCCAUGAAUGUAGCUCAUUGGGGGAAAUAAAUGUGAGUACAAAACAUGUUCCUUCAAAAAGAAAGCUUAAAUUUGAUUCACAUGGAAAGAGUUUGAAACAGAAUUUAGACUUACUUGGUCAUAUAAGAAACUAUGCAAAAAAGAAACCUAAUGUAACUAAAGAGCACAAGAAAUCUUUCAGCCAUAGCUUACCUGAUACAAAGAAAAACAAAAAUCAAACUGGAAAGAAACAGAAAUUAUCCAACCAUAGCUUAUCUAAUAAGCAUGACAAAACUCAAACUGGCAAGAAACAUGAGAAAUUAUCUCAUCAUAGCUCAUCCCAUACUAAAUGCGACAAAAUUCAAACUGGAAAGAAACAUGAGAAAUCAUCCAGCCGUAGCUCAUCUACUAAGUGUGACAAAACUCAAGCUAAAGCCAAACCCUAUGAAUGUAAUCAAUGUGGGAAGGUUCUCAGUCACAAGCAAGGACUCACUGACCAUCAGAGAAUUCAUACUGGGGAGAAACCAUAUGAAUGCGAUGAAUGUGGGAUAGCCUUUAGCCAAAAGUCACACCUCGUUGUGCAUCAGAGAACUCACACUGGAGAAAAGCCAUAUGAGUGUACUCAGUGUGGCAAAGCCCACAGUCAUAAACAUGCCCUCACUGACCAUCUGAGAGUUCAUACUGGGGAAAAGCCCUAUAAAUGUACUGAGUGUGGGAAAACCUUUAGACACAGCUCAAACCUUAUUCAACAUGUAAGAUCUCAUACAGGUGAGAAGCCCUAUGAAUGUAAGGAAUGUGGAAAAUCCUUUAGGUAUAACUCAUCUCUUACAGAACAUGUGAGGACUCAUACAGGUGAAAUACCAUAUGAAUGUCAUGAAUGUGGAAAGGCUUUUAAGUAUAGCUCAUCCCUUACUAAACAUAUGAGAAUUCAUACAGGUGAGAAGCCCUUUGAAUGUAAUGAAUGUGGGAAAGCUUUCAGCAAGAAGUCACACCUCAUUAUACAUCAAAGAACUCAUACUAAGGAGAAACCCUACAAAUGUAAUGAAUGUGGAAAAGCAUUUGGACAUAGCUCAUCUCUUACUUACCACACGAGAACUCAUACAGGUGAAAGUCCUUUUGAAUGUAACCAGUGUGGAAAGGCCUUCAAACAAAUUGAAGGCCUUACUCAACAUCAGAGAGUUCAUACUGGGGAAAAACCCUAUGAAUGUAAUGAAUGUGGGAAAGCUUUUAGCCAAAAGUCACAUCUCAUUGUACAUCAGAGGACUCAUACUGGGGAGAAACCUUUUGAAUGUAAUGAAUGUGGAAAAGCUUUCAAUGUAAAGUCACAACUUGUUAUACAUCAGAGAUCCCACACUGGAGAGAAACCCUAUGAAUGUAAUGAAUGUGGAAAAGCUUUCAAACAAAAUGCAUCCCUUACCAAACAUGUGAAAACUCAUUCAGAAGAAAAAUCUCAGUGAAAUUAAUCUGGGAAAACCUUUUAACUAGAGGUUUUAUUUAACCUUAGAAGAAUUCUGAAUUUUAAGGAUGUUAGAAAGCCUUUAAUAAGAAGUCACACCUCGUUACAUACGAGAGAAUUUGAAAAUGAAUCUUACAGGGAAGCAAUGGAUGGAGAGUUUAAACUUGAUACCAACCUUUUAUAGAAAAUACUGUUUUAAAAGUACUCAAUUAUUAAUUACUUAUGUGUUCAGACCAAAAUAUAAAGCUUUUAAAAAUGUUAAUAAGCUGAAAAAUCAGAGCAGUAGAGAAGCAAAUUACAUAUGCUAACAAUUCCUGAGUUGCUUGAGUUUUGUGUACUUAAGCACCACAUAUGAGAAUUGAAUUUGCAUAUCUGUUAAUUUCCAUGUAUAAAUGUAUGUGGCCACUGGUAUGAGCCUGAUCUUUGAUAUUAUCCCCUCUCUCUUUCUUAAUGUCUUUGUUAGCUUCUACAUCAGCUGCAAACUUCCUAAAGGUUAUUUAUGUAAAAAAAUAUUAACAGAAAAUUAAGAGAAAAAAUGAAAGCAGCUGAGGAUGCACAGGUGCUGGUGGGGAAUGAUGUCCAAGAUACAUCGUUAAGUGAAAAAAGCAGAUUGCUGAACUGUGUGUAUAGUAUGUUCCCACUUUUGUACAAAAGGGUGUGCAUUUGCCUGUCUCUGUGUGUGUAUAUAUGUAUGUGUGUAUAUAUGUAUACGUAUAUUUGUAUGUAAAUAGACUUGGUUUGAAAAAAUAUAUAAGAAAACUUAUAGUGGUUUCUAUGAGCACAGGAGUACAGGAAUGGGAGCUGGGACUGGAGGGAGACCUCCUUUUUAUUAUAUCCUGUAUACGAAUUUUUGAACAAAGUAAAUGUAUUAUUUUCACAACUAAAGUCCUUUUAAUAUGCAUACAUCAACACUGAUUAAAAUUUUCACUGAGCCCACUCCA